AUGGGAGCCUGCGGAGAGAAGGGUCCUCAGGGCAUAGACUACAUAAAUCCUCGGCCGGAGGGUCCCGCUGCCACUAGUCGACCGAUCGCUGGGCUUCCAGGCUAUGUUGAAUCAAAAGCUCCCGAGAAGGAUCCGACAUGGACUGGCCGAUCUUCAAUCAACCUUGAGCAGACCAAGAUCGCCUCACUCCAGCCAACUGCCGGCACGCCGGACAUCCAACUUCAGACCCCAACUUAUGUGCUCACGGCGCCCACGGCCGGCGCAAAGCCCAAGGAGACGACCACGGAAUAUGGGGUUAAAGGAAAGACUUCAGGCGAGACGACCACGGAAUAUGGGGUUAAAGGAAAGACUUCAGCCGAGAGUAACCUCACUCGUGUGCCCGAAAAGCAAGUCGAAGAUAUCAUGCUCGAGCUCACUAAAUGCCCGUGCGAGAUCCGCGGCGGCAUGUUCUCCAUACAGACAGUGCCCGAGCAGGCGCAGAGCUUAAGCAUCAUGCUCGUCGUCGACGUCGUCGAGGUCAACAUGGAGCUUCAGCGCCGGUACCACUACGAGCCCUGCGAGCCGCACUACCACGGCCACGUCGUCAGCGUAUUCCAGGGGCACUCCUUUAACGGCUUCGUCCAAACUAUCAAGCAGUCGGACUCGAACAGCUGCCGGCUGCGGGUCGAGGGCAACAAGCUGACCGACGUCGUCAUUCAGGGCAGCGAUGUACGUCAGGAGCCGGUUCCGGAAAAGGCUGCCGAAGAGCGGCUUGUACUUAAAUGUAGCCGCGGUGCCGGGAGUUGCGGUGAGCCACAGCUGUGCCAGGGCGACGACGAGUGCAUGUCAAACCUCGUGCUCAAGCUCGAGGUUAAGUCGAGCAGCACUGGCAGCACAACUAUGACGACUGGCUCGGUUUUUAAGCCGUGCCAGUCUGAGGCGCAGUGUCAGUGCAUACGCGCCUGCGCCGGCGAGCAGUGCGUCGACCAGAAGCCGGUGCUAGACGUGGUCGCCGCCAGGACCCCGGUCCCGCUAAGCGAGGUAAUGACCAACCCGCCCUUGGAGAGGAUGCUCGACACUAUUGCCGAGAAUGUCACUCCACAGACCGUCGCCCCGGACAGCCCGCAGGGUGCCCCGGCACCCCCAGGCGGCCGGCUCAAUGGCACCGGCGUUUCGACUCCGACAAAUAGCAGCCGCCUCGGGUCCGACAAGCCAGGCCUUAAAACUGCCGGCUCCGCUCGCACCGGCAACGCUAUAAGCGUUCUGACUGUUGUCGCUGCUUCUGCUUUGGCUCUCCUCUUUUAA